AUGACCAUGGCCCCCAAUCGCGCUGUGAUCACUACGGUCGCAGCGGCGGGUCGCGCACGGGCCCAUCGAAACUAUUCGCUGCCACAAAGCUGUUUUCUUUUCCGAUUUUUUCAUCUUUUUUCCCCAACACUGGGUUUUGCCCAAGUGGUGGUAUUGUUCCUUCUUUUCAACUACUGUCACCCCGCCGCGAAACACGUUUAUUUCCAUUUACAACUACCUCGCCUGCUAUCGCCGAGAAAAGGAACGGUCAGAAAAGUAGAGCUGGUUUUUUUCCCCAGAUUUUACUCUGCACUACGACCUUUUUACGGCGGCUAGUAGCAUAAAUAAAACAAUCUAAUCUGUUGUGCAUCCAUGGCUGGUUUGCGUUCUCUACUGCAAUUUUUGACAGGAGUUAAUUUUGGUAUAGAAGAUUGCUUUUUCAACAGAGGAAGCAAACUGCGUAGACAUGAUCCUUUCUAAUUGAACAAGAGGCAAAGCUUACAGUUUAGUUUUGUCAGACGAAAGUUUUUUUGUCUUGCAAAUUCUAGAAUCAUCUGUAGCUUUACGACCGCGCAACUAGAUAUGGUUUCUCUACCCCGCCUGUGCAUUUCUGAUUAGCAGUUGUUGUACUUCUAUGGCUCUGUAGCGGCCAUAAGAAAAAACUGAGGUGGUAAUAAGGGUGCACCAGCAAACUGAUGCAUCAAAUGAUGCGUCCGCGACCGCGUCUCGGUUAUGGCAUUGAAAUAAUCAGAGACGACAAGAAAGCCGCUAAGUACACCUAACUAGGUAGCGAAACGCAAGAAAGUGGUUAGUACGGUAUAGUAAGAAAUGAAGAGGAGUAGAAAGUGAGAAAACUGCAGCGCUGUAUUUCUCACAGCUUAGGACGAGGUGAACAAUGCGAUUAACACGAAAGGAGUAGGUGGAGAUUGAUUCUAUAAUCGGAAUAUUUUUAAAGCCGCCACGCUACUACAACUAGUUGUUAUACAUGUACUUAUCAAAAAAAUCAACAGUCUCACUCUGAAACGGUCUCAGACUCUGUUUUGACCUAUGCGCGCCAGC